UUCACACCAAAAAUUGGGUUUUUUGGGUCCAAUCUCAGAGAGAUUUCAAAAAUGGAGAAAACCCUCUGGGAAAAUCUGCCAUUGCUGGUGAGAGCGAACUCUAAGGAGUCUGUGGAAGGCAUUCUCAAGGCUCUAUGGCGGUCUCGGAAAACCGGUCUCUCUGCUUCUGAUCGUCUUCUCUUCCGCGACUUGCUUCAGCUCGAAACUGACGCUGAUCUCGACCCAAGCGUGAACGAUUUCGAGUGUUGUUCUUCGCUUUAUGCCGUUCGAUUUCGUGUUCUGCUAAAAGCUUCCGGCGCAUUUUUAGUAUGGAUCGUUGCCAAAGUUCUACGUUUGGAAAUAGAUUUAACGUGGGCGUCAUACCUGAUUCCGCUUAGUUUCUGUGCAAUUGGACAUGAGCUUGUACUCUGUCUGCGGAUUCUCAUUCGAAGAUGUGUAUGAGAAUAUCAGCAAGGAUGAGAUUCACUGGCCGUUUCCGGACGAAGUAUCCCCUGAAAUGAAGAGAUUGUUGAUUGUUUUGCUUCAGAAAUUUCAGAAAGAGUGGCAGGAUGAUGUGUCGAGGGAUCAGGUGAUGAACUUUGCUUCAGAGAUGGUUGAUUGUUUCUUUGAUAUGCUUGGUUUUGGAUUGAAUUAUGGUUCGGAACUUCGGUUCUGUUAAAUUGAUUCUACACGAUUGUUGGAAGUUAGGCUGCGAGCCCCACUGAAAAUCAAUGACAUGGAGUAUGGCGAGCCAUGACAGAGAACAGACGGAACCUUUGGCUAUCCUCAAUAUGAAGGUGAGGGAGUUUUUUCAUCAGCAUCUGUGUUUUUACAGAUACCCGAUUUCUUUUAUUCAUCUCUGUGACUUGAAAAAAUACUGGUUAGAGAUGUGACGAAGAAAGUUUGUCUUUUUACGUUUUGAAUGUUGAGCCUUUUUGCUUUGCUCCCAAUCCUCUCUUUAGUUAUUCGGAUUUGUUUUGAGAUUCCACAGCAGAAAAGUGGUAUUACAAUUGCUAUCAAAGAGAUUCUAGGUUUCGAAAUCUCGGUAUCCGCUGUGUUCAUGCAGCUCCAGAAUGAUGGGAAGCCAUGUUCGUAUGAAUCAGAGGUGAAGUUCCAAAUAUCUAAAGACGGUCUAGAACCGAUGCGACGGGCGAUGCAAUCAAUGAAAGAACAAGCUUUUACAAUUACUGCAAGUAGCAUAUGCUUCCAUUAGCAAUUUCCUCCAUUGUUUAUCUGCUUUUUGCUAAACCUGUUCCCCUUUUUUACUUCCGGCAGGAUGAUCCAUCAGACAUUUUCUUGUAUCCGAGAACAGAUGCAGAUUAGUGAACAGCUAAUGUAAUGAAAGGAACUGGUAACUCUUUCUCUUUGAAGUAUUUUUGUUCACUAGAAUUCAUUGGUUAUAGUUUACGUUGAUACUAAUUUCGGCUAA